AAAACAGUAAAGUCCAGUCAACGCCCCCCACCAUCCACUCCACUUUCCACCCAAGUGCUCGACAUAUUUUCCUUUUUCUUCCAUUCUCUCUCUCUUUCCAUAUGAAACACAACACUUCUUCCUUUGUUCCCUCCCCUCAUUUCACCUGAACUCAAUGAGUAUACACAAUCUUGUACAUAGAUUUUGUCGAAACUCCUUCUCAUUUUCUUGAAGUUUUCACCUUUCUAAUUAUCAAGCCAAAAAAAAUGAAGUUAAGGUAUGCUCCCCAUUUAGUUAUUAUAUUCUUGUCUUUUUUUCUUCAAAUGAUCCUUUCCCAAUUGCCCCCAACUCAAAUUAAUGUCAUGAAAAGUGUCUAUGAUAUGAUUCAGAAGGAUACUAAUUCUUCUUUUGUAUGGAAUGGAACUGAUAAAUCUUCAACUCCGUGUUCUUGGAAAGGGAUUUCUUGCAAUUCUAAUAAUUCUUCCAUUACCAAAGUCUCCGUUUCAUUGUUCUCUAUUUCUAGAUCUGACUUCUUGCCUGUUGUUUGUCAAAUUGAUACGUUGGAGUCUCUUGAUGUUUCCCAAAAUCAUUUGAGCUCUAUCCCAAAUGAGUUCUUCACUAGUUGUGGGGGAACUAGUGGUUUGAAAUUGUUGAACUUUAGUAGGAAUAAAUUGGAGGGUGUUUUGCCUACUUUCACUGGUUUUGGAAAGUUGGAGUCUUUAGACUUUUCUUAUAAUAACUUGAAUGGGAAAGUUGAGUUGCAGCUGGAUGGAUUGAAUUCACUCAAGAGUUUGAACCUUAGCUAUAACAGAUUUAGUGGUUCAGUUCCUAGAAGUUUUGGAAAGUUUAAUAUUCUGGAGGAACUUCAACUUUCUGCUAAUUUUUUUGAAGGUGAAUUCCCAAGUCAAGUUGUGAACUUUGCCAACUUAACUUUGCUUGACCUUUCUCUUAACAAUAUAUCUGGUGUAAUCCCUGAUAGAUUAGGAGAACUUUCCAAAUUGCAAGUCUUGAUCUUGUCAGCCAAUGGAUUGAGUGGCACAAUCCCACAAUACCUAAGGAAUAUCAGAACACUGACACGUUUUGCUGCGAAUCAGAAUCAAUUUGUUGGAAAUAUACCCCUUGGUAUAACCACAUACCUGAGGAAUUUGGACCUCAGUUUUAACAAUUUAAAUGGUACAAUCCCUCAGGACCUUUUAUCCCCACUGAACUUGCAGUUUGUUGAUCUCACUUCAAAUAAUUUGGAGGGACCAGUUCCUGCAAACAUAUCGGUAAAUGUGAUCAGGUUGAGAUUGGGGCAAAAUUCUUUGAAUGGGUUAUUUCCAUCUGCUUCCUUUGGAAGCCUGCACAGUUUGACCUACUUGGAGCUGGAUAACAACCAGCUAAGUGGAUCAAUUCCUUCUGAAUUGGGGAAGUGCAAAAAGUUGGCUCUUUUGAACUUAGCCCAGAAUAACCUGAGUGGUGUUAUUCCUGUAGAGUUGGGUGAUAUUUCUGAUCUUCAGGUUCUGAGUCUUCAGUACAAUAACCUGGUUGGGGAAAUUCCAAGUAAUAUUUCACAGUUGAACAAAUUGCAGAGGCUCAAUUUCAGCUGGAAUUCGUUGAAUGGUUCCAUACCAAGCUCGAUAUCAAGUUUGAGAACUCUCACAAACUUGAAUUUACAGGGGAAUAAACUACAUGGUCGAAUUCCAAUCGACAUUAGUAACUUAAAUGUGUUGUUAGAACUCCAACUUGGAGGGAACCAACUUGGUGGGCCUAUUCCGGAGAUGCCGUUGAGUUUACAGAUUGCUUUGAAUCUGAGUCACAAUCUUUUUCAAGGACCUAUACCAAGCAGUCUUUCCAGAUUGACUUCAUUGGAAGUUUUAGAUCUCUCUUACAACAGGUUCUCGGGUCAGAUUCCAGACUUCCUGGCAAGAAUGGGAGGCUUGACUAGGUUGGUGCUUUCAUUCAAUCAACUUUCUGGAAAUGUUCCAGAGUUUCAAGGCUUUGUCAAUGUUGAGACACAUGGAAACGACGGUCUGAUCUAUCUUUCCCCAGUUACUCCACCACAAGCUGCAAAAAAGAGAAAAUCUAUUGUUGUUGCAGUUCUUGUCCCAAUCGCAGGUGUAGCGACAAUUGCCGUUUUCGCCUUGAUUGCUAUUUCAGUCACUAGAAGAUAUUACAGGAUCAAUGAUGAACACUUUUACUCAGGAGAAGAAAUUCCUCAAUCCCUUGUCGUUCAGGGAAAGGUUUUGACUGCGAACAGCAUUCACAAGUCAAAUAUAGACUUCACAAAGGCCAUGGUAGCAGUGUCUGAGCCCUCAAAUGUUGUGUUCAAGACAAGAUUCUCAACCUACUAUAAAGCUGUUAUGCCAUCGGGUACAACCUAUUUUGUCAAGAAGCUUAAUUGGAGUGACAAAAUACUUCAGUUGGGAAGCCAUGAACUAUUUGGGGAAGAGCUAAAAAAUAUUGGAAAGCUUAAUAAUUCAAAUGUCAUGAUUCCACUAGGCUAUCUUUUGUCUUCUGAUAGUGCUUAUCUCUUAUAUGAAUUUGCCCCCAUUGGCGCGUUAUAUGAUGUUCUUCGUGGUAGCUUGGGCUACUCAUUAGAUUGGGCAAGUCGUUACAGCAUAGCUAUUGGAGUAGCUCAGGGUUUAGCUUUUCUUCAUGGAUGUGACACGGGUCCAAUCCUCCUCCUUGAUCUUUCCAGUAAGAGCAUUCUCUUGAAGUCCCAGAAUGAGGCUCAGAUAGGAGACAUUGAACUCUACAAGGUGAUCGAUCCUUCGAAGAGUACAGGCAGCUUUUCUGCUGUUGCUGGUUCUGUCGGUUAUAUUCCUCCAGUUAUUGUUGUUUUCAAACCUGACAUCAUUAUAUCCUCCCACCAUGAAACAAUGUCAUCAUAGCUUAGAGAGGGAGGGGUGGAUUAAAAUGCAUUUUCCGCAGCUUUACAUGAGGAGCCUCGAAGUUAAUCAAAUAUUUAGUGAUGCUUUUUCUUGUGUUAAUAGAAUAUGCAUACACAAUGAGAGUCACAAUGGCCGGAAAUGUAUAUAGCUUUGGGGUUGUCCUGCUAGAGUUGUUGACAGGAAGGCCUGCAGUUAGUCAGGGAACCGAGUUAGCCAAGUCGGUGCUGAGCAACUCUGAGAAGCACAACAAGUGGGAUCACAUUCUGGAUUCUAGCAUUUCUAAGACAUCACUCAACGUUAGGAGCCAAAUGUUAGCAGUUCUCAAAUUGGCUCUAGCUUGUGUCAGUGUCUCCCCGGAAGGCCGGCCAAAAAUGAAAAGUGUGCUACGAAUGCUUCUCAAUGCAAGGUAAUCAGAUGUCAAAGGAAAGUUAAAAGAGAAAACCGCGAAGAUAGUUUUCCUAUUUGCUUGCUUUUUUCUUUGCCUGUUGGGGAGGAGCCGCAAGUGGUGAAGGUGUUGUAAGCUAUGUAGAAUAUGCCAGUUUUGCCAGUUUAUACAUAUUAACAUACAUAUAGAUAUAUGAUGAUAGUAGCUACAUAGCUUUGAAUAUGAUUUGAGUUCUCAUUGUCACAUAGUCCAUUUUCUUGUUUAUGAUGUAAUAUGUAUAAAAGGUCUUUGGGAAUGAAUCCAAGUUGUAUUAGAAAACUUCUCAUAUAUAAAAGAUCCCCUUAGUAUAGCAA